UGAGCAGGAAGUGAACUAAAUUAUGUUCAUUGCAGGCCGCCGUACAGAUCUUACCUAAAAAAAAAAAAAAAACAACUAUGGACUUUGUACGCACUGGCUGAAGAAAUGAGUGCGUGCGCAAAAGGCUUCGUUGACUGUAACGUUCACGUGGACGUGAAGGAUUAUUAUGGCAAGGUGCUGAAGAAAACCUCAGACCUGAAGAGCAAUGCCUGUGUGGCUCCAGCUCAUCCAAUCCCUGCCUUCAUCCAGCAGGCUCUGAAGAAAGUGCACCCUGAAGUCACAGCCAAGUACUAUGGCUGUGGCCUGGUGGUGCCAGAGUGCCUGGAGGGCUGCAGGAUACUUGACCUGGGCAGUGGAAGUGGGAGGGACUGCUACAUGCUGAGUCAGCUGGUAGGCGAGAAGGGCCAUGUCACUGGCAUUGACAUGACUGAGGACCAGCUUGAAGUCGCCAGGACAUAUGUGGACUACCAUAUGCAAGAGUUUGGCUUCAAGAAGCCCAAUAUUAGCUUUGUCCAGGGCUACAUUGAGGCCCUAACAGAGGCGGGGCUGGAAAAGAGCUCAUUUGAUAUUAUCAUUUCCAACUGUGUGGUGAAUCUCAGUCCAGACAAGAAGCAAGUCUUGGCUGAGGCCUACAACUUACUGAAGGAUGGUGGUGAGCUGUACUUCAGUGAUGUCUACAGCAGUGGAAGAUUGCCAGAGGAAAUUAAGAAUCACAAAGUGCUAUGGGGUGAGUGUCUUGGUGGAGCCCUCUGGUGGAAAGAUCUGCUGCGAUUGGCUGAGGAAGUGGGCUUCAGGCCCCCACGACUGGUCACAGCCAGUGUCAUUACUGUCGACAACAGAGAACUGCAGGAUGUUCUGGGUGACUUCAAGUUUGUGUCUGCCACGUACCGCCUGUUUAAGGUCCCUAAAGGCCAUGACAAGCCCUGUCAGGUCAUAUAUAAUGGGAACAUUACUGGAGCAGAGGACAGCUUCCAGUUUGACUGUCAGUACACAUUCAAGGUUGAUGAAGUGGUGGAGGUGGAUGGAGAGGUAGCAGGCAUCCUGAACCAUUCCAGAUUUGCUGAGGACUUCACUUUCCAGCCAUGUGGAGGCCCCCAUGGGCCCUGUGGAGUCAAACCUAGGGCAGCCACUGUGGAUCCUUUCGAGCUGGUCCUUCAGCUGGAGAAACAAAGUCCAGGUUCAGCCACAGGGGGAUGCUGCAGCACACGCUCUGCUACCUGCUGCAAGUGAUGGUGGGAAGGUCACAGAGAAACACAGACCCAGUAUUUCCUGUGUAUGCAUAAGUACAGUAGUUCAAGUACAGUGACUUAAUUAUGCCUCAUGGAGUGUCAUUAUGUAUUUCUUAUAAACAAUGAGAAUGAGAUUUCAGCAACUGAAAGUAAUUCUUGCUUAUAAAUAUGUAUCCUAUUUGUGUUCUAUAAACACUUCCCGCUUCCCCACUAGGAAGGCUAUAUGCACUUAAUUUAUUCACAUCAUUUUAUUUUGCAUAAAUAAAAUGACUUUGGCUGUGCUUCAAAUUAAAAAAAAUCCUAAGCAUCAAAAUGCCUUUGUGCCUUCCUCUUGCAAGGCUAAUUUUUUCCUGUCUACAGUCUUAGGCACCAGG